GGGGCAGGUUGGCAGCACUGGCCACGUGAGGAUCGUCUGCUGGUGUUGUGGUUGUGGCGAGAGCAGCAGCAAGCAAAACAACGGCAUAUGGCGUUUGUGGCGUUAAAAGAGACAGUGUCAUCGCCCGUUUUGAAUGAGUGAAAUUGGUUUCGGCGCUGGGACAGGCAGGGUGACUGAGACCCCCUGCUGAUGACAUAGGCCCCUCUCCUCGUGACCGCUAGGCUGUCUGCCAGCCUUGUCACUCUGCUCGUCUAGGAAGUGACAGCUAACCUAUGUCCGAGCCGCUGGGCCGUCACCCGUCUCUUGCUUCGGGUCGAUCUCUGUAAAAGUCCCUGCAGACCCUGUGCUUUGCCAACAGUUUCAAGCUCAGUGCUUUUGGCGAGGGAAGUACGAUGGCGACCUUCUUAGCCAACAAGCACUGCACCAAAGUGUCCAUUCCAGAGGUGGAGCUGCAGCAGCCUAACAACUACAUGGUCUACCACAUAGCUGUCGAGGUCGGAUCCGUCUCAUGGAAGGUGUCCCAUCGUUACAAGAACUUUGUGGACCUCCACGAAAAGUUGGUGGCGGAUCAUGGGGUCGCUAAAGAUCUGUUACCUCCCAAGAAAGUGAUUGGCAAUCGCGACCCAGUAUUUGUAGAGAAGAGGCGUUCUGCGCUUGAGGUGUACCUGGCAAGCGUGCUUACUUUCCUGCAGCAAACGAUGCCCAGGGAGCUGGCGCUAUUUCUUGACUUUCACAAGUACGAUGUCCUAUUCAUACUUCAAGAACUGGCUGUCACCUUUUUUGAGGGAGGCGAUGAAUAUCUGAGGAUGUCUAAGGAUUAUGAGUUCUCUCCUCUUCAGCUUCAUGCUAUUAGUGAAAGACUGAAACAGCCCUGUCCUCCCCGUGAAAUGGUUGACAAAAAAUUCGACUUCAGCCAUGUUCUAGAUUUCUGCUAUCAGCUCACAAGUCUCAUGAUACACGGAUCUAGCAAUACAUUUUACAACAGUAAUAUUGUUUUUAAUAAGUUGCUUUUUGAACUGUCUUCCUUUAAAGCUGUAGAUACAUUGUUUAUCAGUUCUCUGCCUGUGGCCAACAUUUACAGCGUUGGACCUUUAAGAGACAACUUAGUAUCGCUCACUGUGCAUCAUUGCCGGCUUGAGCGCAUCUCACACGUUCUUCUAUGUGACGAUGUGCACAAGGAUCCCUCCUCUAUUGGGGACCCCCAAAUGUGGAAAAAGUUAAUGUGUGUUAAUCUCAGCAAUAAUGAGAUAAGUGAAAUAGACGCCUCUGUCAAGCUGAUGCCAAGGGUGGAGAGACUUGUUCUGAACAAUAACCGCCUGUACUCCCUGGAUAAUCUGACGCUCCUUCCCCAUCUCGCUCAGUUGCACCUCGCAGCAAAUUGCUUCACAAGUCUUAUUAAUCUCCACUACAAAAUAGGAAAUGUUGUGCACCUUGAUCUCUCUGAAAACAGAAUAUCAACUUUAGAGGGUUUCUCAAAACUUUACUCACUAGAAACAUUAAAUCUUGCAUCCAAUCAGAUUUCAGAUAUUGAUCAGGUAAAACACAUCUGUAACUUACCUUGUCUGGAAAACCUUGUACUUACUGGAAAUUCAGUUGCUAUAGUUGUUGACUACAGAGUGAAGGUCCUUGAACAGUUUGGGAACCGAGCAACAUCUAUUUGUCUGGAUAAUGAAAUUUCUUCCCAAAAAGAACACGACACUGUUGCUGUUCUCCAGGCCCUAAGGAAGGCUAGAGAGGGAAGAGCCAACCCUCUUGUACAUUCCUUAACUCCUUAAAUAUAAGAGUACAAUAAUUUUAAUUAAUAAUUAAAGUUUCUAAAAAACAUGUGAUGUAAGUCAAAUGGAGUAAGCAGGUUCUUUUUCAUUUGAUUGAAGACAAUAUUAUUCUAGAUAUAAAGUUUUAGUAUAUAUACUGCAAUGUAUAUAAGAUAGUAUCUUAUGAAUGUAAGCCAAAUCACUUGUGAUACUGUCACUACUGUUGUAAUUUUCUCUUCCAAUUCUUUUAAGUAUUACAUAAAUCCUUCUCUGGACAAAUAGUCCUCAAAGUCAUGUAUGUUUCUUGCAAACCAUGUAUUAUAUUUCUGUGAUACGAUUUAUACUCUAUGUGUAUGUAUUUUCUGUUGUAAUUAUAUGUUGUCAGACCACAAUUAUACCAUCAUACUCCAGUAUUGGACUAAUAUAGCAGAUAUCAUUUAUUUUCCUUGCUUAA